AUGGAUGAUCUCGACCUUCCUGCUCUUCCACCAUCAGCCUCCGAAGCAGCUCAAACACCACCUCGUCCUUCGUUGUUACUCACGCGUAAAAGGACUCGUUCAGAUUACGACGACGAGCUAGCCACGUCAAGUGAUCCCGCCCUUUUCUCCAGCGACGAGCAAGCCCCGGGUGCGGAGAACUAUGUCGCUGGCAAACGAAAGAAACGGACCUACAAGGGCUCGUGGUGGGAUCGCCACCCCAUCAAUGAAGGAAAUAGGAAGCAACGCAGAAAACGCGAGUUCAAGAGGAAUUACGACUCCGGCAUCUUCAUGGGCAGCGAGAGCAGUGAAGAACCGGUGUCGAGCGAAUCUUUCUCAAUGGAAGAUGAGUUGAUGGGGGACCAACGAAAGGCAAAGGACAAGGAUCCAAGAGCCCAGAGGAGACUUUGGGCCACAACGCCAGAUCCUGAAAGCACUUCGAGAGCCAAAUUAGCCCUGAAACCCGCGAUCAAGGUACCUAAAGAGCAUGAGGAGGUUUGCGCCGUUGUCAGGCAAUGCCUUGACCAGGGGAAAGAAGAUGUAGACUUAUCCUCGAUGUCUCUGUCCAGCCUCCCAUCUGAGAUUGCCUCGCUCCAAACACUCAGCAAGCAAGAUGAGAUCGUCCCGGGCAUGCUCGACACGGGGACCGACCUCGAACCACAUUUGCGUCUUUACCUGGCCAACAACAUCUUCUGCAAAUUUCCUACUCCGAUCCUGAACCUGUACAACCUACGCGUCCUCUCUCUGCGCCAAAAUAACUUGACCUCAAUCCCACCCAGCAUCAGAGACCUGGUGAAUCUCGAGUCUCUGAACGUGGCAGGGAACCAGUUGACAGAGUUGCCGUUCGAGAUCAUCGAACUAGCUAGGUAUCAUAAAUUACAACAACUCACAUGCCACCCGAAUCCCUGGGCUCGAAUCGAGGAAGAGGAAAGAGAAAGAGACAGUGCAGCUCUCCGGAGACGAAAUACGGAGAUUGAGCUGAACCUCCGGGGGAAAAAUCUGAGGCUCGUCCGCCUGGGUUCUUGCUCGUUUGAAAAAGAAGGCGGCUUAGUUACCACGACGACGAUGACGAGCAUAAGAGAGGAUCAGAAUUGCACCAAAGUACCCUCAUUGACAGAACUGGUCCUCCGACAGCUCAAUAAGGUCGAUCCCCAAGGUCGCAUCAACUUUCAGAGUCUCAUGCCCCCGGACUCGUCGCCGUCCGUCCUCCAAUGUCUAGACACCCUUAAUCAACAAGGAAGCAAAAGAUGUACCACGUGCCACCGACCCAUCGUGUUGGCAGGAGCGGAGUGGCGUGAGUGGUGGUCCAUACGCGAAAGCCAGACGCCGAAUCUUGAAGAUCGCGCUUUUUUGCCCUAUAGGCGGAGUAAAUGCUGGAUUGGAUGUCGAAGGCCAGAGAAUGAGUUCUAG